AUGGCGUACAAUCCGAGAAUGAGCAUCAUCCCGUCAAGCCAGCAGCAAGGCCGCUCGCGGAAAAAGGAAGACGAGGCCGACGCCUUUAUGCGGCUGCCAGACCGGGAGAUUGUGGGGUGCAUCACCGACAUUGGCAUUCACUUCACCGUUGCCGACCUUCAGAAACCGAACCCCGCCCACGUGCAGCAGAUCUUCGAGUGGUUCGCCGAACUGCUCCUCAACGCGACGCGGGAAACCGUCGAGCCGGCCAUGCGCGCGGCGGCCGAGGACGUCUGCGGCGACUUUUCCGACGUGAUCCCCCCGGACACGCGCAACCUGAUGGGCUUCUACGUGUCGCUGCGCCGCCUGCUCUUCGAGUGCGGCAUCACCGACUUCACCUUCAACGACCUGUACAAGCCGACCUACGAAAGACUGGUCAAGGUGUUCAGCUACCUCAUCAACUUUGUCCGGUUCCGCGAAUCGCAAACCACCGUCAUCGACCAGCACUACAACAAGGCCGAGUCGACAAAGGCGCGGAUCGACACCCUGUACGCCGAGAACCAGGCCAACGAGGGCCGCCUGGGAGACAUGAGGCGCAACCGCAAGGCCAUGGAGGCGCAGGCCCGCGAAAAGACGCUGCGCAACGACGAGCUGAAGAAGCGGCUCCUGGAGCUGCGGCGCAACCAGGAAAAGGUGGCCGCGCGGCUCGAGGACGCCAAGCAGAAAAAGGGCGAGCUCGCCAGCGCCCUGGAGCACAAGACGCAGGAGAAGCUGACGCUCAAGCACGAGAGCAACAAGCUGCGCCCCUACAUGCUGCAGAGCCCGUCCGCCCUGCAGGACAGCCUCGCCGAGCUGCGGGACAUUCUCAACAACGACAAGGCCCACAUCGACGCCCUGGACCGGAGAGCCCGGGCGCUGCAGACGUCGACCGAUUCCUUCGCCGUGGUCUCGACCGAUGUCGCCUCGUGCAUCAAAAUCCUCGACGAGAUUGCCGCCGAGCUCGCCAGGGAGGAGGAAGAAAUGCUUCGGAAUGCCAAGCAACGAGACGCGCUGUCCGAACGGGGUAACAAUGCCCGCGAGGUGGAGAGGACCGAGAGUAUGCUGCGGCGUCAGCUGGGCAAGUGGACGGAGCGGACGAAGAAGCUGCGGGAGCAAAGCGCCAAAAAGGCCGAAGAAGCCAAAGACAAGAUGCAGAAGCUGCGCGCCACCCACCGCGAGCUGACCGAUGAACACACCGAAAAGGGCAAGGACAUGGAGAUUCGAAGGGUCAGGAUUGAGCAGACGGAGAAGAAGAUGCUCGACCUCAAGGAGAAUAUUGAGCAGGAGAUUCAUGCCGCCCAGGACGAGUAUCUCAAGAUGGAGGCGCAUGUCAAGCUGUACAUGACGGAAAUGGAGCAGUUGAUCGGCUGA